CUUCGUCUCUCUCUCUCUCUCUCCAAAUUCUCAGAGAAUUUAUUUGUGAGAUUCAGAUCUCAAGAAAAAUUUUCGUCACCUUCACUUUUGCGGAGAAUUAUCUCUUAGAAUCUGAGAAAUGGCGACGGUGUCCCCUCUCGCCAAAUACAAGCUGGUGUUCUUGGGCGAUCAAUCCGUCGGCAAAACCAGCAUCAUCACCCGCUUCAUGUAUGACAAAUUCGACACCACCUAUCAGGCUACUAUUGGGAUUGAUUUUUUGUCAAAAACUAUGUACCUUGAAGAUCGGACAGUUCGUUUGCAGCUUUGGGAUACUGCUGGGCAAGAAAGAUUUAGGAGUCUCAUUCCAAGCUACAUUAGAGAUUCUUCUGUUGCCGUAAUUGUCUACGAUGUAGCAAAUAGGCAAUCAUUCCUGAAUACUAGUAAGUGGAUCGAAGAGGUUCGUACAGAACGGGGCAGUGAUGUCAUCAUCGUCCUUGUUGGGAACAAAACGGAUCUUGUCGAUAAAAGGCAAGUUUCUAUAGAUGAAGGAGAUGCCAAGUCUCGUGAGUUUGACGUCAUGUUCAUAGAAACCAGUGCAAAAGCAGGAUUCAACAUCAAGCCUCUCUUCCGUAAGAUUGCUGCUGCCUUGCCAGGGAUGGAAACCCUUUCUUCCGCAAAACAGGAAGACAUGGUCGACGUAAAUCUGAAGCCCACUGUUAAUUCAUCCAACACAGAGCAGCAAGGGGGAGGUUGCUCUUGCUAGAGAAACAUGUUUCAUAAGAUACAGAGAAAAAAGCAGUUAGGACAUGAAAAUUCAUUGAGAUCACCUAUAUACAUGCAUCGGGUUGCUUCCUCGUAUUUAGGGAGAAAAAGACAGUAAUGGUUCCGUUCUAAUAUAUACCAAUUUUAAAAUUUUAAAAUCUUUA